AUGGCCUCAGCUUCGGCCUGGACCCAACAGCUGUUCACUAACGAUUCACCUGAUUUGGCAAAGGCUAUCCAAGGGCUAUUGGACGCAGCAGAUCAUAUGAGAACGACCACUGGUUCCUCACCGGGACCCAUAGACGUCGUGUCUUAUUUCAACGACGUCAAGUACAGAUUGUCCAGGCCAAACGAAGAUGCAGUCGAUGUGACCCAGAUCAGCUCGUUGCCAUUGUUCGAUUUCGACCUGAACCUUCCCGACUUUGAUUUCUCCUUCAUGGGCACGGAUGCGACGGGAGAUGUUACGCAGACCGGCUGGGAGGGGGAUACUUGGGGGCUGAUAUGA